GCGUCAUACAUUUUAAUUGUUGAAUUGAAUUUUAAACAGAUGGCGAUUAUCUGAAGUGAAUCUACUUUCUUUUGUUCGAUCUAUAUCUAGUAUGAUACCUUUUGUAAAAAUGAAGAACGCCAGGAUGUACUUAACGUCGAACCCAAUGCAGAGGAAGGACGCGGAGGAAGUGCUGAGCGAGCUGACGCACACUUUCACCUGGAGCGAAGGCGAAAAAGUGCUGGACGUCGGCUCCGGGCCCGGAGAUGUCACCGUCAACGUACUUAAGAAAUUCGCACCACCGGAUGCGACAAUCAUAGGAAGUGAUAUUUUGGAAGAGAUGGUCGAAUACGGAAACGCGCAUUUCAAAACUAGCAGAAUCAAAUUCCGAAAACUCGACAUCCAAGGUAGUUACAUCUGGGACCACUGGGAGAAAGGAAGCUUCAGUAAGAUCUUCUCUUUUUACUGCCUCCAUUGGAUUCAGGACCAAAAGAAAGCCGCUGAAAACAUCCACAGUCUGCUCAAGGCGGACGGCGAGCUUCUGGCCACUUUCCUUUCUCACAACCCUGUGUUUAAGCUUUACCUGUCUCUGAGCCAGACGAUCAAAUGGAGCCAUUAUAUGAAAGAUGUCGAGUUCUACAUCUCGCCCUAUCACCAAUGCGACGACCCCGCAGCUCUGUACGCCAAACUGCUGAAAAGCGUCGACUUCUCAGAGGUGAAAGUCUACAACAAGAACACGUCAUUCCUCUACCCCUCGAAGGAGUCGAUGAUUGGUAAUUGUCGAGCACCGGAAGAAAAGACUAAUUCAAUCUGCGCGGUCAACCCAUUUUUAGAAAGAAUCCCAAACGAAGAGCAGGCAGACUACAGAAAGUGCAUAUCGGAUUUCGUUGACUGUUUGAACCUGGCAGAAAAACAGGAAAACGGAAAUUACCGAGUCGACUACUCACUGCUUGUAGCCAGAGCGAAAAAGGUCUGAUGCAUCUACAAUUUCCCCGUCUAUUUCAAUCAGUCGUUGUAUGAAAUAAAAAUUCUUUAUAUAAAAU